UGUUUUUUUUUUCUGUGUUAAUAAUAAUUUAUUUCAAAAAAUACAAUGAAUCUAUUGACUUACAGAAUUAUCAUGGCACAUGAAAAAUAUAUUUGUCUUCUGGUCUUGUACCUCAGCACAGUAUCAGCAUUUUCUAUCGACUACAAAAAUGAGAGACAAGGUAAAAAAUUAUUUGGUGGUUACAGAAUUUCAGCAAAGACUUGUCAAUCAACAAAUCCUGGUAAAAUAAAAUCAUCUAGUUUGCCAAGAUGUAUGUUUAAUGAUGAAUGUAGUCAUAGAAAUGGUGAAGUAGUUGGCACUUGUUUGGAUGGUUUUUUAUUUGGUGCAUGUUGUCAAUUACCAUCUGAUGAUCUAUUUGACAAAUUUGAAGGAAUCGAUCAUUCUCCAGAUAUUCCAAUACUUCUAAAACCAGAUGGUACACCAAUUGGCUCAAAAAUUGAGGAUUAUAAUACAAAAUCAACACCAUCAGAUGCAUUUUUACAGUCACAAGUAACUGAAUUACAGAAUAAAUUUCCAGUUUUUCUUGAACAUCAAACAGUUAUGAGUGAUCUCUCAUUGCCUAAUUUGCUGAGUUACACAGGCAAUAAUGAUAUUCAAGAUCAUCAAUUACCAGAAUCAAUAAGUCCCGUAACAACAUUACACAGCCCGAAUCAAGUAUUACAAAUUGCUGAUACUGUUGAUCAACUACCAGAAUUAUUUUCACAAGCUAUUAGUCAACGUAAUCAUACACCAGCUGAUACAAUAUUGCUAAAUAAAAAUGGCAGUGUAUUAACAGAUAAUGAAAAUGAUAAUAUUGAACAAUUAUUUGUCCCAAUUAUCAAUCAUAGUUCACAGUCAUCAAGUCAUUAUUUAUCAACAGAAGGUAUACAACAGCCAUCUGAGAGUACAACAAAAUCAGCAGGAACAACAAAAUACUAUAAUUCUUAUACUACAGGAUCAGAUAUGAUAACAAAACCUGGACUUGUUAGAGUAUCAACAAUAACAACUGAUAAUAAUAAAAAACAUGAUGAUACAAUGGAACGUGAAGAAAUUGCAAUACAUCAUAUAAUAUCAAUAUUGAAUAAUAAUAGUAACCCCAUUGGUGGAUCGAAUUAUGAUAACAAUAGAAUACCACCACACCGUGAUUCAGUACAACAAAUAAAUUCAAAUUCUAAUAAUGCUGGUUCUUUGGUUCAUACAUGGGUAACAGUUGAAGAUACAUCACUGCCAUCAACAAGCUCUGAAACGUUUCCUUAUACAUACAUCAGACCAACAACAAAACCAACAAAUUUUUAUUACUAUGAUACAGCACCAUCAUCAACAACAAUAAGGCCACCAUCAACUGGAUCAACAAGACCAGCUAGUUUUAACAAUGGUAAUUCAGGAACAAGUUAUGGCAGUUCAUCCUCAAUUUAUUCAUACACAACAAGACCAACAACAAAUCCGCCAGCACCAACAGUCAUUGUACUUGGACCACUCAGCAAUGAUUACACAACAGUUACAACAUCUAAGCCAUAUACGAAACGUCCAAAUCAUCCAACAUCAUAUACGCGACCGUCAGUGAUAAAUAUAAAGAACAAACCAAACAUUACAACAACAAUAACACAUAAUAUUAGUACAUUUAUCUCAACCGCAAAUUUACCAGGAACUUCUUCAAGUGGUAGUGUUAUGUCAACGAGUUUUAUAAAUGUCAGUAUGAAAGAUAAACCUGCAUCCACCUCAUCAGAAUUACCUGAAAUUAUAACAAAAAAACCAUCAAAUGUUUGGACAACAAUAUCUACCGUAUCUACCAAACCAGCAUUUUUUUUGAAACCAACAAAAAAUGAUUUUGAAUGGCCAAAUGAUGAAUUAACACCUGUUCAAACAAUCGUAUUGCAAACAACAAAAAAACCAUUAUCAUCAUCAACAACAACGAUGGCAGCAAUGACUACAAAACAUCCAACAAUUACACUGCCAUCGUUAUCAUCGUCGUCGUUUUUCUCAUCAAUACCAACAACAACAAAGACAACAACGUCAAAAGAUGACGACGAAACAGCACCACCCGACGAUAUUUCAGCAUUUCCACCAGAUCGAAAUCCAAAUUUAACUAUAACAUCAUCAUCCCAUAAAGACAAAUUACCCGUUAUUAAACUAAAUAAUACUGGUUAUCCAGAUAUCGAAAUUAUAACAGAAAAUGAUAUAACAACACCAAGUUUUAUUGAAGAUGAUGUAUUAGGGAAUAAAGUUGGGGACUUUGUUUUUAAAAUAGUUGAUUCUCUACAGGGUGAUUUUGAAAAUUUACAAGAUGUUGUUUAUUCGAGAAAAAAUGUAACAGAUACUACAGAAACAAUAACAACAACAACGACCACGACUACAACAUUACCACCACCCACUAAAAAACCAACAACAAUUACAAAAAAACCAACAUCAAAACCGACAGUGACAAGAAAACCAACAGUGAGGAAACCAACAAUAAGUAGUACAAGUAAACCAACAAUAAAUAAACCAACAAAGGUUAAACCAAAUUCACAGACUAGUAGUUCAACAACUAAAAAACCAAGUACAAAACGGCCAAAACCAUCAAAAAAACCAACAACACUUUCCAGUACUAUUAUCACAACAACUGAAACCGUAUCAACAUCGGAAAUGAAUAAUUUGAUAACUCAGUCAAGUAGUGCUAACGAUUAUCUAGACGAACCAUUAACAACUCCAGAUUAUCGUCGAGAAUGUGGCGUGAGACCACUGGUCAAGAAAGGAAGAAUUGUUGGGGGUAAAAGCUCGACCUUUGGCGAAUGGCCUUGGCAAGUGCUUGUAAGAGAAUCAACCUGGCUUGGUCUUUUUACGAAGAAUAAAUGUGGGGGUGUACUUAUCACUGAUAAAUACGUAAUAACAGCAGCACAUUGUCAACCAGGUUUCUUGGCAUCUCUCAUAACUGAAUUUGGUGAAUACGAUGUAUCAGGAAAUUUAGAACCACGUAGAAGUGUUACGAGAAAUGUAAAAAGGGUUUAUACUAACCGUGGUUAUAAUCCAUCAACAUUUGAGAAUGAUUUAGCACUUUUGGAAUUAGAAUCACCAAUUCAAUUUGAUGCUCAUAUUGUACCAAUUUGCAUGCCUCCUGAUGAUGCUGAUUAUACUGGACAAAUGGCAACUGUCACUGGUUGGGGACGUUUGAAAUACAAUGGAGGUAUACCAUCAGUUCUUCAAGAAGUUCAAGUACCAAUAAUGGAAAAUUCAGUUUGUCAAGAAAUGUUUAACAAGGCUGAUCAUAAAAAAACUAUCGUUGAAAGUUUUCUUUGUGCUGGAUAUGCGAGUGGCCUCAAGGAUUCUUGCGAGGGGGAUAGUGGUGGUCCUUUGAUGAUUGAAGGUUCCGAUGGCAGAUGGAUGCUGGUUGGCACUGUGUCACAUGGUAUCAAAUGUGCAGCACCUUAUUUACCUGGUGUUUACAUGCGGACAACAUUCUUCAAACCCUGGCUUCAUGCUGUAACGGGUGUUUAAAUGAAAAAAAAAAUUACUAAAAUAAUUGCAAAUUGCUUAUAUUAAAAAAUUAAAUAGCAAAAUUUUUUUUAAAUUCUAGAAAAUAAAAUAAUAUAUUUAUAUAAUAAUAUAGUACAGUUUCUUAGUACAGACUCUGCAUAAAGUGUACAAAGUUAAACUUUCAAUUUUAUUCAAAUUUAAUAAUAUAUAAAUUAUUCAAAACUCGAUCAAGUCACACGAUUACUAUAGAAUAAAUCGUAAAUGCGUAGAUCGUAUAUUUGUAUCGUGUGAAUUACUCAAAAUUAAAUUUGAUAUUUAAAAAAAUAUUGAAAAAAGAAGAAAAACAAUUCUGAAUACAAUGAAAUCAAUUUUGUGUUUCAUUUUGUAAAUAAUUUUAAUUUCAAAUAUUAUUAAUUUAUAUAUACCUUUAUGAAAUUAUUAUUAUAUUUUUAUGUAGUAUAGUAUUAAAUACCAAUGUCUAUUUACUGCUUUUGAUAAAAAAAAUUGUAUUCAAAUUAAAUUUAUGUAUUAAAUUAUUGUUAUAUGGAUGAAAAAAUGAGAGAAUAAGGCAAAGAAAAUUAGAUUUGAAAAUAUAAGAAAAAAAAGUUAAUUAAUUAGCUGAUACAAAAAAGUCAGUAAUAUGCAUUUAUUAUUCACAAAAUCCUGUUGCAUGUUCCGUCUAUAGGUAAAACCUAGAAAUAAAAAAAUACAGGAAAAAAAAAAUGACUAUUAAUACUUGACCUUGAGCUGCAAUCGAGUAAAAUCAAACCCUCAUUUUAGCCAAGUGAGCUUUGUUCACCUGUGCGCAAGAUUACGUUACGUUGUCCAUUAUCAAUUUUGUCCCCUUUAUAGUCCCUCACCGACCCAGCCAGGAAGCACCAGCACGAUCAAUAAAAUGUUCCCAACGUGUUAGAUGUUACGUUGUUGCAACUUAAAAAAAAAAAUUUAAAAGG